CAGGGCCAUUCGCAGUGCUACAUCUGUGCGUCACUGUUCCCCGGCUAUAGUGUUUUCUCACAGAAAUGGCGUCGAGAGAGGGAGCGAAGAGGCCAAUUGAUGGCGAAGGAGAUGACGAAGUGGAUCAGAUGCCGGCAAAACGGCAGAGAAGAGGCGAAGCCGCUCAAGCAACGCAGGUGAGUCAAUCACGGAAUGACCCAAUCAACACACCGAACACAGAGACGCAAAAAGUCACCAUUUGUGCCUUUGUUUGCCUGUUAGGUCGCAGCAGGUCCUCCGACGCUCUCAUCGCUCCCAGGUGGACCUCACAUCUUCGUCGGUGCCUUCCUCGACGCAUCGGACCGAGCCAGCGUGGCCUCCGCCAGCAGACUCAUGCGAGCGCAGGCCAAGCAUUACGACUGGCAGCUGCUCUGGUUCGUUUAUGGAAAGAAUGAACAAGUACAUCUUUCAGCUACGUGCUACUCCUUCUGGUUUAUUCUUCUUUGCCUCGACUGACUUCAGCCUCCUCUCAUUCGGCUCAUCGCAGGUCGAGUACAUGUCCUACCAAUGCCCCGAGAGCGUGCGAUUCGGCACGACGCGUGGCGACGGCUCGCUGCGCCGCAACGUGUCGACCAUGCCCUACCACGGCCCGGCGCAGCACCACUGGAAGAACCUCUACAAACAGAUCGUGCAGUUCCACAGGUGGGUCAGAUUGGCGGACACAAUCACUGUGGUCUGAUUGUGUUGUGGUUGGCCUUCAGGAACAUGGACGCUGGUGAGAGUCGGUUCCGCCAGAAGCCCCGUUUGCUGGCCACACCGGGCUCCCGACGCUUCCAUGGCUCCAGGGAGUAUCACGUGUCGAGAGACCUGUCGCUGCUCUUCUGGUAACCACACAGGGAGGGAGGGAGGGAGGGAGUGUCUGAUGGCCACUGGAUGCAGCACUGGUUGUUUGCUGCUGCUUUCAUUUGGCAUCAGGGAUGAUGGUCGGAAGCUGCAAGUUAUCGACAUUGACUCGGUAAGCCAAGACAGGACGAUCGGUGACACGGCCGAUGACGUGUGGGUGUCGUCCGCCUGCCUCUCCUUUCCUCUCUCGUGCAGCUGGAGGAGGUGCUGACGCUGCCCGACUGCACUCGCCCGUUGGACGGCCGCAUCAACCCCCAGUCGCGGCUUGCUCGCAAGGGCGAUUUCGUGGUGCCUCCAGACGAUACGCCGAGGCCACCGAUCGAGGCCAUCAGAGAGGGGGGCAGGUCCGUUGACGAGGAGGCCAUUCGCAUACGGACGCAGGAGAGGGCCAAGCCACGCGAGAACCCGCCCCCACAGCUCCUUAUGUUCGCCAACACAAAGGUGCACAGGGCAGAAGGGGUGGCAGUCGAUUCAGGCGUGAUGUCUUCGCAGGAGCUGAUACUUGUGUACGUGACUCCUCCGGCGAGCAGCAGGAACCGUGCCUUCGUCGAGUGGGCUGGGCGUCAUGAUGUGGCCACUGAGCCAGUCAUUCGGGUAACGCCCCCCACACACACAAAGCACGCCGCCCUUUCAUGUGUGCUCAUACAACGACAGGUGUGGGAUUUGAGGACUGCUCAGUACCGUGCAACCAUCUACUUGUCGCCCCCUGCAGCCAGACCUGCUCAGCCGUCUCCCCCCGCCAGGCGUCCCGCCAGCGCUCCCGCUGCAGCUGUCGCAGCGCUCCCCGUCGCACCCGUCACCCAAUCAGCACCAGCCAACACGGCAGACAACCAAAAAGGUGAGAUAAGUGACAAGGAAACCAAUCAAACGGCUGCUGUUUGCCCGUGUGAAUUCAUCGAUUCACCGUUGCCUUUGCUGCUGUCUCUCAGCGUCGCAAGAGGCCGACCAGCCGAUGGACGAGGAGCCAGAAGAGGAGGACGACAGCUUUGCAGCCGCUGUGGGGACCGGCGCUUUCAAUGGCCACUAUUUCUCACAAGACCGGCAGUGCGAGCCGCCCCAGGAGUUCUUCUGCUGGCAGGAUACCCUCAUGCUCAGCUGCCACAUUGGACUGGUGAUCUGGAACGUCACCAAUGCCGACCGCAUCGAGCUGUCGCGAAAGCUGGAGAUGAGUAGGUUUCCGACCAGUCUGCCGUCCCCCGAUCCCCCUACUGCUGCCCCUGCCAAUCCCCCUCCCCCUCCGCCUCCCGCAGUCCCUGCUCCCCCUGCAGCCCCUGGCACUCUCAUCCCCCCCUGGGGAGCGGGAGCCGCCUUCAUCUGGCCCCCCAUUGGGCCGCAGCCACCGCCAUGGGCGCAGGGACCAUGGGUGCAGGGACCCUUCCCCCCACCGCCUGCAAAGUUGUACGUCACGUGGUACACGAAUGAGCUGGUAAGGGGUAGGAGACAAGGCGACAUGACCGCCAUGCAGGUGUUUCUUGCUGCGAUGCCUGCAGAUUGGUUUCUAUUUGGAUACGAUGCCGGAUUUGUACGUGUACAACUUUCGAGAGGCUGAUGACGACAACGGUGAAGCUGAGAGGAAGAUGCUGCGGCUGCAGCGACACACAGAGCCCAUCAUCGGCGUGUGUGUCAUUGAUCAUCCAUUCAAGACCACACAACAGGACGUCUGGUACGCAAUGCCCGACGCACAGCUGAGGCUUCUCGUCGAUGCAUGUGGAUCUCUUCUGUCUCUGACCAUCAGGGUAGACGAGCUCUACUGUUUCUCCAUGGACCGCAGUGGCCUCGUGUGCGUGUGGGACAGCUCCCAGAACUUCGCCUGUGUGCGGGAGAUCAACACAGGCCUCGCGCAGGUGGCCUUCUCCAUCACAGCCGGGCCUCAGCACCUGCUCAUCCUAUCUGAAGACACUCACCACCCGUAAGCGUCCGCACGAGCCACCGACAAACGAAUGAGGUACCCACCACACAAACACGGUCUGCACGUGCCAUGGCGUGUCUUGCCAGGUUCAUCGAAGACGUGAACGUGCACAUCUACACAAUCUCUCACGAGCGCAGGCAGCGAGACGGCCGCACAACAUGGGAGCUGGCCAUCACCGAGAUGCCUGGCCCAGCUCCGCGCGUUGACCCGCAAGCAUCCCUGGUCAGCACACACACAAGCAUGUGUCGUCUGCGACGUGUAGCUCGUUCUUUUUUCCCUUGUGUCAUCGAUGCAGGCGUACAUGUUCGACUCCUCGUACGUCCACGUGUCGUCCAGGGAGGGCAACAGCCACGGGUGCAACUACUCCAUCUACCGUCUGAGCGACUGGGAGAAGGUGGCCCAGCUCAACGACUGCCUCGUCCACGAUGCGUGGGUCUUCUGGAAAUGGAUACAGGUGCUGGCGGACGGCACCAUGGGCGUCUUCGACUAUCGACAGAUCUGCUGUGGCUGAGCUCAGUGCCUGACGUGCAUGUGAUUGGUGUGACCUAUCGAUUUGACUUCGAAGAAUUAAUCGCACAAGAAUUUGAC